AUUCACUAGAAGCUCUGACUAGACUACUAGCUGAACUGAAGAACCAAAAGAAAACCCAGAACGACCCAGCCACUCCGAAGCCUGAAGCACAGGAUCCUCACAGGACACAUCAAGUCAUACUUUCAGGGAAAGGACCAGUCAUGUAUGCGUCUCGUCAUCCAGGGUUGCAACAACCGAUGAAAGAGGAAAUAUUGCCAUCGGGAGACAAACGGAAUAUCAAAUUAGCAACCCAACUAUGGGAUAAUGGAACCGUCCGAUAUACCUUCUCGGCCUCAAGUAAUAUAAGUAUGACAAACCAAGAAAAGAUUCGUAAGAUGAUGGACAAGAUUGAGAAGUCAACUUGUAUCACAUGGGAGUAUGUGCAGCCAAACUCUAAGGACUACCACGUACAAAUCGUGGACGGUAUAGGAUGUUACUCACAGACCGGAAAUGUCCAGUCUUACAUGUCGGGUACUGGACAUCAGAACAUCUCCCUGGAAAAAGACGGCUGCAUGGAUAACGGCACCAUUCUCCACGAGCUAUGUCACACCUUGGGCCUGGAGCAUGUACAGAGUCGGCCAGACCGCGAUACGUACAUAACUAUCGAUUGGGAUAACGUGUUAGGCGGACAACACAACCCGAAUAUGGAGAAAAAACCCGAUUUGGUCAUGUUCAAUAUCCCGUUCGACCAGAGCUCUGUCAUGUUGUACACGCCUUAUUCGAUGGCCAAACAUAAAGGCACUAAGACUUACGUUUCUACGGACCCGAUGCUGGAUGUUCUGUCAUUGGAGGAUCACCAAGACCUAUCCUUCUACGACAAGCUCCUCAUCAACAGAGCGUACGACUGUGCAGGUCAUUGUGACCCAAAGGAUUGCAAGCAUGGAGAAUUCCUGAGCGAGGAUUGCACAUGUACCUGCCCGGAUGGUCUGACUGGAGAGCUGUGUGAAUCUGUUAUACAGGAAGGAAACUGUACCGAUCAAGACCACAAAGUUGUGAUUGGAUCUAUCGGCGAGACUAUUACUGUGAAGUCGAGUGGAUACCCGAACAGUUACCCUACCGGAUCGAAAUGUCGCUGGCUUGUUCAGGGGCCGAAGGGAAGCAAGCUGCGUGUGACCAUGCUGGACAUGGAUAUCGCAUCGGCCGGUGGUCCUGACGACAGUUACUGUCUUCACUCAAUGGAGCUUCGCUACAACCUCAUAGCACAGCCAGGUCCCGAGUUUUGUGGAAACAAUGACGGAAAGGUCAUGACCUUUGAGACAGCUGAUUAUUCGGAGGCCAACACCAUGAUACUGAGUUUUGAUACGACAAACAAAGCGUCAUCUGAUGGCCACAAGGGCUUCAAACUCAACUUCACAGCAAUCCAAGGCAAUGACGACACUAAAGCAGCUAAUUUCUGUAAGGAUUCCGUGUGUAAGAACGGAGGCACCUGUAAAUUCAACGACAACAGUUACUGGUGUGACUGUGUGUCCGGAUUCCGGGGACGGAAUUGUGAUCAUGGGUCUGACCAAAAUGACCAGAGUGACCAGAACACAGUUUUCCUUUGUGACAAUACUGACACCGGUGAAUGCAACCAAUUUGAUUUGGGGACUGCAUGGGAAAUAGACGACAAUGGUCAUUUUGUGGUCAAAUCAGGACAACAGGGUAACGUGGAACUUCAGAUUCCUUAUACCAUCACCCAUCUGAACAAUCAGUACUGCCUUCACGUCAAGAUGAGCCGACUUAGCUCAACACAGCAAGAGACAUGUUCCCAGCUAAACUUCUUCGUCAAAAAAGAGAUGGAAAUAUCCGGUUUCCACUUUGUUUAUGACGAUCUGCUGUGGAUUGACCAUGACUGUACUGCAAGGUCUGACGACAGCUUUGUGAUCGGGUUUACGUCACAGCACACGAUUACAGAGAUGAAGUUCCAAAUGGACAUCACUGCCACCGAAGAUGCUAAUAUUGCUCUGAGUGAUUUCCGUCUCGAGAAAGCUGCUUGUUCAACACCAUGACUGGGUACUACAGCAUCAGUCCGACACAUAUAUUGAAAUGAACUGAAAUAAACGAAACCCAAAAGUGAUAAGACGGUGAUACAGCGGAUACAAUCAUUCAUACUGCAUCUUCACUAUUUUUUUAAAGUUUGAUUUUAUACGUAUUUGUAGCAAGCAUAUUGCAACCACAAUAGAACGGUCAUUUUAAUAUUCGUAAACAAACCGAUGUACACAAAAUAAUAUAGCCUUUUGUCCAUUGAGACGGCCAAUAAAGACCACAGUUAGAUGACUAGAAAUUGUUAUCAACAACAACCAGAUUGAAUGUAUCCCCUUGAGUAGUAACACAUGUCGUAAUACACACACUUAAGUCUUUUUUUCAUUCGAAACUGUCGAGUACUUCUGAACCUUUGAAAUUCUUAUUACAAAGGGGUUUACGCACAUCUCCUUCUGGGUUUUUUUCAUCUUUACGGAGCUAGGUAUCGCCGAUGAGUCAUAGAAGAACGAAACGGCUGUAUGGUGCAAUGCAUUUUGUUUUUGGCAUACUGUACCUGUACUAAAUUUUAUGUGCCAUCAGGUGUGUGCCUCACGUUUAUCUGAUCAUUUAUUUUCACCCUGUAUUCCGUGUUUGCGUAUUGCAGAGUUAUCUUCUCUUGGGAACAGGUAUUGAUUGUUACGUCAUUGGUUUG